AUGUCAUUUGGAAGCCCAUUUUCCAUGGAACUUGCAAAGGAAUUUGUUGAGUUCGUCAAUAAAGCCUGCACCCCGUUUCAUGCAGUUGAAGUUAUUUCUUCAUGGUUGCUUGAAGCAGGAUAUAAAAGACUCAAAGAAGAUGAGCCAUGGCCUUCUAUUUCGGUGGGCGAUCGAUAUUUUGUCACGAGAAAUGAUAGCAGUCUGGUCGCCUUUUCCGUGGGAGGCAAAUUUGAACCCGCUAAUGGUGUAAAGAUUGUGGGGGCCCAUACGGACUCGCCCAAUCUUGCAUUAAAACCAAGAACGAGGGCUGAUAAAGGGGAAUAUCAGGGCAUUGCGGUCCAAUGUUACGGUGGUGGGCUAUGGCAUACUUGGUUUGACAGGGAUUUAACGGUUGCUGGCAGGGUGUUUUUAUCUUCGCCUAAAUUGGAAAAACGCCUUGUGAACUUAAAGCGACCAAUUGUAAGAAUUCCUUCCCUUGCAAUUCACCUUCAAACUGCCCAAGAACGUGAAGGAUUUGCACCAAACAAAGAAAAACACUUGGUUCCCAUUAUUGCAACAGA